CUCCUAAGAUCUGCGGAAGCGGAAAGGCGCCAAUGAAGUCUUCGGCUGCAUCGGCGGGGGCGGAGCUAAAAUGCCAGCCACACCCCUCUCUGUGACUCUGCCUUUGGGCUCCGCGCGUUUUAAUAGGAUGGUGUCUCCACGGGAUCAAAUUUCAGCGUCUCAUCUGGGGGCUGGCUUCGCGGUCCCUGAUGCGAGAGCAGGAGCAGGUGGUAUGUGCCUACCCCUGGACCCUGACUACUCCGUGCCUUGCUACUGCUCACCUCCGUCACCCUCCAACGUGUGUUUGCCUGCUAAUGAGAAGUGUGACAAGUGCUGCGGCCCUUCCUCAGAAAAGACCUUGGAAUAUACAUUUCACUGGUCCAGGACCCCAGAGCCAGAGACCUUGCAGCUGGCUGCACCCGAAAACACAGUGACAAUUGGAACCUGGAGGCCAGCGAGGGACUCGGGGCCUCAGUCGCAUGGGUCCUUCCCCAACUCAGACUCACAGGAGCACUGUAAUGACCAGGACCCUCCAAAGAGGCAUCACAGCAACGCUAAGAAGCCCUUGGAGACCAGCUCUUCCAAAACCAAAGUUAAGUCCACCAUGAUGAUUCCCGAAUCCCAGAAGCUUUUGAGAUGUGAACUGGAGUCACUCAGGUGUCAGCUACAGGCCCAGACCAAGGCUUUCGAGUUCCUAAACCACUCAGUGACCAUGUUGGAGAAGGGGAGCUGCCUGCAGCAAAUCAAGAUCCAACAGCUUGAAGAGGUGCUGGGCCCCACGAGCCGCCAGGCAGACAAGGAGAGACACAAGUGGGACGUGGAGGAGGGACGGCAGGAGCUAUAUGAGGCCCUGGCUAAAGGCCUGCAGGGGCUGCAGAAGACCCUGCAUGACAACGAGGAGGUGCAGCGGGCCCGUACCACCCGCUCUCUACAGCUGUUGGCGCAGGAGAUCCGGGACAGCAAGAAAUUCCUGUGGGAGGAGCUGGAGCUGGUGCGGGAGGAGGUGACCUUCAUUUAUCAAAAGCUCCAGGCACAGGAAGAGGAGAUCACGGAGAACCUGGUGAACAUCCAGAAGAUGCAAAAGACACAGGUGAAGUGCCGCAAGGUCCUGACCAAAAUGAAGCAGCAGGGGCAUGAGACAUCCAACUGGCCAGAGACUGAGGAGUUGCCACCAGGAGGCAGUGGCUCCUGGAGGGAUGCUCAGAAGGAGCUGGGUGACAUAUGGUCCGCUGUGCAUCUGCUGCAGAACUCCUUUGGGGUCACAUUCAGGGUUUGUGCCAGAAUUGCACCUGUCCCUCCUGCAGGCUAUAAGGGGCACCGAUGCCUGAGCCCUCCACUCCCCUCCUGGGACUCGGACUCGGACUCAGACCAGGACCCUUCCCAGCCACCACUCAGCAAGAAGCUGCUCCUUCCCACCUGCCUGAGCAGCUGGGACUGCUCUCCCUGAAGGACCCCUCCAGAGAGAAAAUAAACUAGCUGGAGACCCUCCUCCACCUGUGGACUGCUGCUCCUGCUGCUUCCUUCUGCGCCUGAGAGUGACCCCCACAGUUUACUACCCCGUCUUGGGGAGGGUGUGGAGACCCCAGGGACUGUUCGGGAUAUGUGGGCCUUGGUCAGGGGACAGGGUAGGCUGGAUUUAGUAUAUGAACAAGGUCAGGGGUAAGUCUGUCCAGAUACGAGUGGCCAGAUAGGCCCUUGGCGAUCUGGUCUGCUGUCCCUACUGCCCAAUGGGGAAAUUGAGGCCCCUGACCCUCAUCUGCCCUGCGUUCCUCCUAAUAAGAUCAAGCAGCGACCACCAGAACCUGGAACCCACCUGAGUCCCUCUCCUCCCAGGACUCAUCUCCGCCCCUGCCCCCACCAUGGCCUCCUGCCCCAGCUCUGAGCAGUCCAGA